UUCCUCGUUCAAAGGUCAAUCUGAUUCUUACGGGUUUCAUCAAUCUGUUGGAAGGUAUCUGUUUGGUCUAACCAGAAAUUGCUGCAGCUACGUGACUGAUUUAUUAACCAGAGUUGAAUAUGUCGUGUGAUAAGCUAAUUGGACCCGCUUUACCGCCGACGUUUAGAAAGGAGAGCCCUGAAGACUAUGAUUAUGAAGACGAAUUGGUUGGCCCUGCUUUACCUCCCGGUUAUAAACGGGGAGAACCGUCGAGCUCCUCUGAUGAGAGUGAGCAGGAGGUAGCGGUGAAAAGAGUCAAAACAGGACACGCUGGUGAAGACAGAGCCGCAGAGGUGAGCACAGAAGACGAUGAUGGUUUCUUUGGACCAGCUCUGCCGCCGGGAUUUAAGAAACGUCCAAGUUCACCAGAUGUGCCGCCUGUGCUGGGACCAGCUCUACCUCCUGGGUUUCAUAGAGCACAAUAUGAAGACAAUGAUGGUGAAGAUGCAGACAGUUGUCCAGGGCCUGCCUUGCCUCCAGGCUACCAAGCCGAACCCUCCAGCAGCGAAGGAGAAGAUGAGGAUGUAAUUGGACCUAUGCCGGCCAACGGGCCGAUUCAGGACACUAUGGCUCAGGACAUUGAGCGUAGAGCACAAAGGAUGAAAGAGAAGCUGACAGGAGACGAUGCUCCUGAGGUGCUGACCAGAGAAACAUGGAUGACUGAGCUCCCGCCAGAGCUGCAGCAUAUUGGCUUGGGGGCUCGAACUUUUAAGAAAAGGUCAGGUCCUGAAAAAGCUGACCGCUCAAUUUGGACGGAUACACCAGCAGACAGGGAGCGCAAAGCCAGGGAACGUCUUGAGGGAAAGAAGAAGGGUGAAGCAGAGAAAGACAGUGUCCCACAUGUUUCUCACAAAGACUUGGAAAUGGCAGAGAAAGUGUCUAAGUAUAAUGAGUCUAAACGUGCUGAGUCUCUGAUGAACCUUCACACAAAGAAGAUGAAGGAGAAGGCAAAGGAGAAAGCUGACCAACCAGUCGAGAGGAGACCAUUCGAUCGUGACGCAGACCUGCAAGUGAACCGCUUUGAUGAAGCACAGAAGCAGCGGCUGCUGAAGAAGUCUCAGGAACUGAACACACGGUUCUCCCACAGCAAGGAGCGAAUGUUCCUCUAACACACUGAAAAUGUCAAAAAUGUGUAAAAAUACAUUUUCCUUUAGACUUCAUAGAGUAUGGUCUAACCUUUGUUGGUCUAUGAAACUGGAGUUUAACACGAUAGUUUGUGUAAAUGACAGGAUGCCAUUGUUAUAACAGAUGUCUUAAAGUCAUUCAAUCUGUUAUAAAACAGCAGCUAUUUCAGCUUUUAGAGUUAUAGAAUAAAUGAAAACAAUUAAAAUGUUCUUCCUGCAGAACGUCAGCUUAUAUUUUUAGAAUGGACUGUGUUUGUACAGGUAACAUCCAGAUCAAUUACAUGUCUCUUGGUAAGUUUAGUUGCUAUGAAUGGUGUCAGCUCGAAUGUCAUUUUCAGUUUUGGUGUGCUGAAAUUUUGUGUAAAACUCAGACUUUGUACUUAGGGAUGGUAAAGGAGAGAUGAGAAACAGUUUAGCCUAAGUGUUUAUGUGUGGUCAUAAUUAAAAUGGGGGAUAGUGCAGUAUAAUACUGGGUUAGAUAAUGUUUUAUUUAAUGCCGUUAUACAAAUAUCUCCAGUCUUUUUUGGACUACCUAUUAAAGAGAGAAAAAUACUUUCUCGUCAAGUUUAACUCGAUUCAAAGUGCUUCAUUUUUUUGGGCUCCUUAAACAUUUUUCUGUGUUUUUUGUUUUGUUUGUUCUAAAUGCAAAAAGUGAACAUUUUAAACCUAACUGUCAUUUUGGCAUCUAGACAUAAAAGGCUCAAAUCCUUACAUUAAUGCACUCUACAUCUGUGAUUGAGUCCUUUUAAGCUUUUUCUGAAACUAUAAAAUAUGUUGUACUGCUAUUGCAACUUUAAACUGUAUAUUAAACUUGUGAACUUUUAUAAACUACAAACUUUUACAAAAACA